AUGAUGCCACUGGUGGAAGCAGGCGCCCUGGCCCCAGGAGGGGGCGAUGGGGCGACCUGCCCUCUGCAAAGGUUGGUGAGGAAUCAGGGUGUAGAUGGAGGAUUCUUUUCACCAGAAGACCCCUAGGCACAAGCGGCCCACCUUGCUAAUGGCCAGAGUCCCCAGAAGAAGCACAGACGACUUCUGUCCUCAAAGACAGGGCAGGGGUUGUUCGGGCAGAAAGAGCAUGAGCAGAGGCUGGGCAGGAGGGCUG